CUUCCCCGACCAGACACCUACCUAUAUAUAUUUUUUUUUUGCUCAUUCAAAGAAGCACGUAGGAUAACAUGAGGCCCACGUUAUGAUUGGAUUAUUCUGGCUGUCAUUCAAAUCGCGUGUCAAAUGGAAGGCGCCGCUAUAAACGUGACCUGUGUGCGUGGCGUCUAAUUGGGGGAUGCAUUACUUCCGUGCGCCGCCGUAUAGGUGGGAGGUGAGAUCACGUGUCAGAUAUACCGGAAGAAACCCUUUGCGGGUGCUGGAGCGGCGAUUUCCGGCUUGCAGAAGAAAGUUAAGCAGGAGUGGUCUGCUGGUUCUGGGUUCUGAAAAAUGGACAAUAAAGGAAGGAAAGUGGUGGUUUGUGACAAUGGAACCGGGUUUGUGAAGUGUGGCUAUGCUGGCUCCAACUUCCCCGAGCACAUCUUCCCAGCCCUGGUGGGACGACCCAUCAUCCGCUCUACAGCCAAAGUGGGCAACAUCGAGAUCAAGGACUUGAUGGUGGGGGAUGAGGCGAGUGAGCUGCGGUCCAUGCUGGAGGUGAACUACCCCAUGGAGAACGGCAUCGUGCGGAACUGGGACGACAUGAAGCACCUGUGGGACUACACCUUCGGACCCGAGAAGCUCAACAUCGAGUCGCGCAACUGCAAGAUCCUCCUCACAGAGCCACCCAUGAACCCCACCAAGAACAGGGAGAAGAUCAUCGAGGUGAGUCCUACCUGAAGGAAAAAUGCUGUU